UUUAUUCUUGAUGCAGUAUUCUUCGUCUUGACGAUGCGAAGUCUCUGGAUACACUCUAUGGAAUUUCAGCAACUCUACCCGUCUAGUCUCCUCCAUGUACUCUUUCGAGACGGUGAGUUUGCUUUUUGGAGGGCUCCGUCUGCUAGUGUGUUCUGUAAUGCAUUGACCGUUGCCUCUUGGAUUGCAUUCUGGGAUAAUCCAAAAUAUUUCCUUGCUAAAGGGUUUGCGACUCCGCUACUUUCAGUAGCUGGUCAGCGCCUAGUCCUGAACAUUCGAGGUCUUAAAACGCGUACCUACACAACUGGCGAUCUCAGCCGUGAAGUGGACCGGCAACUUCAAGCGUUUGCUGAAAUGGAUUCUCCAGGCCUGGAUGAUGUGGAAGAGUUGGAAGAUGUGCUAGAGUAGGGUGUUGUUCUGUGCCAAAAUAUUUGGAAAUCGAUCGAACAUGACCGACCUUU